GAAUUACCCAUCCCCGCACUCCAUUUCUGUCCCUGAUUUUCGAGACUGUUCAAUUCGACACCCCAUUUUGCAAGCACUUAGCCAUGGUCUAUUACGAUACUGCUACACGCGCUCAGGCGCUUACUUUGAAGCUUAUUGUAGGACUUGACAAUAAGCAGAUUGAAGCUAUCACUGGUUUGAAGAGCCGAACUAUCAACGACCUUGUUGACAAAGCUCUUGAACGUGGCUUCGACCCUCAAGUGUCUUCUGUUAUCCUCGACAAAUACGUCUGCGAUGCUCCAAAGGCUGGCCGUCCUUCUAAGAAAAACGAACAUAAGGAUACGGUUCUCCAGAAGUUAGGAAGCGUCAUCUCCCCACUGACAAUCUGGCGUAUCUUAUGUGCGGCUGGGAUGCAGAAGACCAAGCCAACACGCAAGCCUGGUCUGACUGAAAAGAUGGGAAAGAACGGCUUGAGUUCUUGUCUUCGAUAUCAACAUUGGACUCAUCAAGAUUUGAAGCAAAGUAUCUGGUCCGAUGAGACCUCUGUUGUCCUCAACCAUCGCCGUGGCCGCUACCGUGUUUGGAGGACUCCUGAAGAGAAGUUCGUCAAAUCUGUGAUUUGAGAGCGUCGGAAAGGAUAUGCCAAGCUCCAGUUCUGGGGCUGUUUUACAUAUGAUUUGAAGGGUCCAUGUCAUAUCUGGCAUCCAGAGACUGC